AUGGCCUCAACGAUGAGCGAAGAGCAGCUCAGGAGCGUCAUCCAGGGCCCGAUCGACGUUGAAUGGCGGUACGAGAUGCGCAGAGAAUGCCAGGAGAUCCUCCCAGGGCUCCUUCUCGGCCCCUUCGUAGCGUCCAAGUCGCUAGAGACGCUGCUCAGUCUGCAUGUAACACACAUUGUCUGCAUCCGCGAUGCCAAAGAGGCGUUCUCUGUCCGCCCGCGCUUCCCCGAUAACUUCAAGUACAUGACGCUCGAUGUGCAGGAUAACGAGGAGCAGAAUCUCAUACGCCUCUUCCCCGCUGCUAAAGCCUUCAUUGAUCAAGCUAUCAACGAAGGAGGGCGCGUCCUCGUGCACUGCAACGGAGGGAUCUCAUUAUCUCCGGCCUUUGUCGUGAUGUUUGUCAUGCAGCAUUACCAGCUCUCGUGGGAGGAUGCGCUGCAUCUGGUGCAAAAUCGUCGAUACUGCAUUUCACCAAACGGCGGCUUUUUGACCCAGAUCAAGGAAUACGAAGCCAUAUACAAAGCUAGCGUCGCGCAUGCUGCGUUCCCCACGGCGCAGAGAACGGUAGCCCGUCGUAAGCGCGAGGAUGAAGAUGAUGAGGACAACGAACGAGUGGAUGACCGAAAGCGACCGCUCAUGCAAGCCGACUCGCUAGACGAGAACGCGAUGCAGACAUAA